AUGAUACUGUCCACGCUGUGGUUACAGGAUCUGGGCCUCGUGAAGCGGGUCCUGGUGAAGCUCGUGCGGUGCAUGUCUUGUGGAGUUUGGGACUGGUUCGAGGCGGCCUUCGUGACGGUCGAUCUGCCGACGCAUCUGUUCUCCACCGUCGAGGAUCACGCUUUGACGUGCGUGCUUGGCGAGCUCUUAACGCAAAAGGCUGUUAUCCGUGAGGUGUCUUGCGAGCGCGUGCGCGACUGGUGGAUCUGCGCGAGU